GUUGGUGGUGGUUUUUUUACUGACACACGCACAUGGUUCCAAUUCUGAGAACAGUGUCAACUAUAAGAUCCUUAAUGCCCAAAUCAUCUAUAUCCCAAUUCAUGGAUUCCAAUUCUUCUAGCAUCGGAGGAUCUCAGAGGCUCUUGGCGUUGGUGCAGCACCUUCGCCAGUACAAGGCACCGUCUUUCCCUGAAGAUACUGUGGAGCAGAGCAUUGAGGAAAGUGAUGGCAAGGUUGUUUCCCAGGUGGGUUUUCCAGAAUCAGCCACCCCAAUUGGCCAAAGCUCUGAAAAAUUCAGACCUAACAGAGCUGGUGUUUUGAUCUGCCUCUUCGAAGGGGAUGAUGGGGAUCUAAGGGUCAUUCUCACUAAGCGCUCCUCCAAGCUCUCUACUCACCCGGGUGAGGUGGCAUUGCCUGGUGGGAAAGCGGAGGAGGGGGAUAAGGAUGAUGGGGACACUGCAAAAAGAGAGGCACAGGAGGAAAUUGGGUUGGACCCGGAACUUGUCAAUGUUGUUACUGUUCUUGAGCCAUUCUUGUCUAAGCACUUCCUAAGAGUAGUUCCAGUCAUUGGCAUACUUCAUGACAAGAAAGCAUUCAAACCUGUUCUAGAACCAGGUGAAGUGGAAGCAGUAUUUGAUGCACCUUUGGAAAUGUUUCUCAAGGAUGAAAAUCGAAGAGAGGAGGAGAGGGAGUGGAUGGGAGAGAAGUUUUUGGUGCAUUUCUUUGACUAUGGCAUCGGGAAUAAAAAAUACCUCAUAUGGGGUUUAACUGCUAGCAUCUUAAUUAGGGCUGCGUCUGUUGUGUACAAAAGGCCACCAGCUUUCGUUGAGCAGAAUCCUGAAUUCAAGAUUCCACAAGAAGUAUCCAAAGAUACUGUAAUGCGUUGAGCUCAUUAUUUAUUGUAUUUUAUCCUUGAUAUUUGUUCUUCAUCGUGCAAAAUAUUCACUACGUCUAGAAUUAUAGAAUCCAUAGCAAUUGUCUUGGGACUUUGGGAAGGGGAAGAUAGUUAGAAUAUUAGUGAGUCAGAGACAUAAAUAAAUAAAUAAGAAUAAGAAGACUGAAGGGGAGGGAAUUCAUAUAUAUAUCCGUUCAUUUGUAGAUCGAGCAUUUUCUCUUUGUGAAGAGAAAACUCUUGGAGGGGAGUUACCCCUCCUAUUCUUUGUUCCUUUGCAGUCAACAAAUACAAUCUUCUUUUUUUUUUUUA